UGCAGGUAGUUCCUAGCCAAGAGCGUGCUCGUGCCGGGGGAGGCGAAGGAGGAGAAAGGCGGCAGCACCGGCAGCCUGCUGGGGGCUGACCUGAUUCCCUAGAAUCCUCAGCUCCCUUCCUCUCUCCUCCGACGUCCUUCCUUCCCUUCUCUCCUCCUUCCCCCCCUUCCCUUCCCCAGCGAAGCAGCUGCGAGGAACAAAGAACGCGGGCGCUCCGGGCAGCAGCGCGCAAGCCCCGCGCACGGCGCGCGGCGUCUGGCUCCGCGGAGCUGGGCUCUCCCGGCUCCACGUCCCUCCGCAGCCUCCCCCGCCUCCCGCGCUCGCUCGCUCCCGCCCGCUCGCCGCCUCCCCCACCUUCGCGGCGCCGGAGGAAGGCGGCCGGGGCUCAAGAUGGCUUUAGCCGGGCUCUGCGCCCUGCUCGCCUGCUGCUGGGGGCCGGCGGCGGUGCUGGCCACGGCCGCCGGCGACGUGGACCCAUCCAAGGAGCUGGAGUGCAAGCUCAAGAGCAUCACGGUGUCGGCGCUGCCCUUCCUGCGCGAGAACGACCUGAGCAUCAUGCACAGCCCCUCGGCCUCCGAGCCCAAGCUCCUCUUCUCGGUGCGCAACGACUUCCCGGGAGAAAUGGUCGUGGUGGACGACCUGGAAAACACGGAGCUGCCCUACUUCGUGCUGGAGAUCUCGGGAAACACAGAGGACAUCCCUCUGGUGCGCUGGAGGCAGCAGUGGCUGGAGAAUGGCACUCUGCUCUUUCACAUUCAUCACCAAGAUGGUGCUCCCAGCCUCCCUGGACAAGACCCAACUGAAGAACCCCAGCAUGAGUCAGCAGAAGAGGAAUUGAGGAUCCUGCACAUCUCAGUCAUGGGUGGCAUGAUCGCUCUCCUGCUGUCCAUCUUGUGCCUGGUGAUGAUCCUGUACACUCGUCGACGCUGGUGUAAACGCCGCCGGGUGCCCCAGCCCCAGAAGAGUGCCAGCGCUGAGGCAGCCAACGAGAUUCACUACAUUCCCUCCGUGCUGAUCGGCGGGCAUGGGCGGGAGAGCCUGCGCAACGCCCGCGUGCAGGGCCACAACUCCAGCGGCACCCUGAGCAUCCGGGAGACACCCAUCCUGGACGGUUAUGAGUACGACAUCACGGACUUGCGCCACCACCUGCAGAGGGAGUGCAUGAACGGAGGGGAGGACUUUGCCAGCCAGGUCACCCGCACCCUGGACUCCCUGCAGGGCUGCAACGAGAAGGCGGGGAUGGACCUCACACCAGGAAGCGACAAUGCCAAGCUGUCGCUGAUGAAUAAGUACAAAGAUAACAUCAUCGCCACCAGCCCCGUGGAUUCCAAUCACCAGCAGGCCACCCUGCUCUCGCACACCUCCAGUAGCCAGAGAAAGCGGAUCAACAACAAGGCAAGAGCUGGUUCCGCCUUCCUGAACCCUGAAGGAGACUCUGGCACAGAGACAGAAAACGACCCCCAGCUGACUUUCUACACCGACCCCUCCAGGAGCCGGAGGCGCAGCAGAGUGGGCUCCCCCCGAAGUCCUGUGAAUAAGACCACCUUGACGCUGAUCAGCAUCACCAGCUGUGUAAUCGGUCUCGUGUGCUCGUCCCACGUCAGCUGCCCCCUCGUUGUCAAAAUCACCCUGCACGUCCCCGAGCACCUGAUCGCCGAUGGGAGCCGCUUCAUCUUGCUGGAGGGGAGCCAGCUGGAUGCCAGUGACUGGCUGAACCCAGCCCAAGUGGUGCUCUUCUCUCAGCAGAACUCCAGUGGGCCCUGGGCCAUGGACCUCUGUGCCCGGCGGCUCCUGGACCCCUGUGAACACCAGUGCGACCCCGAAACUGGUAGGCGGGAGCACCGGGCAGCGGGGGAAUGCCUUUGCUACGAAGGUUACAUGAAGGAUCCAGUACACAAGCAUCUUUGCAUUCGGAAUGAAUGGGGCACAAACCAGGGGCCUUGGCCUUACACAAUAUUUCAGCGGGGCUUUGACCUGGUUUUGGGAGAACAGCCUUCUGAUAAAAUAUUCAGAUUCACCUACACCCUUGGGGAGGGCAUGUGGUUGCCCCUCAGCAAAAGUUUUGUGAUCCCACCGGCUGAACUGGCCAUCAACCCUUCGGCAAAGUGUAAGACGGACAUGACAGUGAUGGAGGACGCUGUGGAGGUCAGAGAGGAGCUGAUGACCUCGUCCUCCUUUGACAGCCUGGAGGUUCUCUUAGAUUCCUUUGGGCCAGUGCGCGACUGCAGCAAGGAUAACGGGGGCUGCAGCAAGAACUUCCGCUGCAUCUCAGACCGCAAGCUGGACUCCACUGGUUGUGUGUGCCCGUCCGGACUGAGCCCCAUGAAGGACAGCUCUGGCUGCUACGACCGCCACAUUGGGGUGGACUGCUCAGAUGGCUUCAAUGGCGGCUGUGAGCAGCUGUGUCUCCAGCAGAUGGCGCCCUUCCCGGAUGACCCCACCUUGUACAACAUCCUCAUGUUCUGUGGGUGCAUCGAGGAUUACAAGCUUGGUGUGGAUGGACGCUCUUGCCAGCUCAUCGCGGAGACCUGCCCAGAGGGCGGUGACUGUGGGGAAAGCAGGGAGCUUCCCAUGAACCAGACCCUCUUUGGGGAAAUGUUCUUUGGUUACAACAACCAUUCCAAGGAAGUCGCUGCUGGGCAAGUGCUGAAAGGAACAUUCAGGCAAAACAACUUUGCUCGGGGUUUAGACCAGCAACUGCCAGAUGGUCUUCUGGUGGCCACUGUUCCCCUGGAGAAUCAGUGCCUGGAGGAAAUCUCGGAGCCCACCCCUGACCCCGACUUCCUGACUGGGAUGGUGAACUUCAGUGAGGUGUCUGGAUACCCUGUGCUGCAGCACUGGAAGGUCCGGUCUGUGAUGUACCACAUCAAACUCAACCAAGUGGCCGUCUCUCAGGCCCUCAGCAAUGCGCUCCACUCCCUGGAUGGAGCUACGUCUCGUGGGGAUUUUGUGGCCCUGUUGGACCAGUUUGGCAACCACUACAUCCAGGAAGCUAUCUACGGCUUUGAGGAGUCCUGUUCCAUCUGGUACCCAAACAAGCAGGUGCAGCGGCGACUCUGGCUGGAAUAUGAAGACAUCAGCAAAGGCAACUCUCCAUCCGAUGAGUCGGAGGAGCGGGAAAGAGACCCCAAGGUGCUGACGUUCCCAGAAUACAUCGCCAGCCUGUCAGAGUCUGGCACCAAGCGCAUGGCAGCUGGGGUCCGCAUGGAGUGCCAGAGCAAGGGACGAUGCCCCUCAUCCUGCCCCCUGUGUCAUGUGACAUCCAGCCCUGACACUCCUGCUGAGCCAGUUCUGCUGGAGGUGACCAGAGCAGCCCCCAUCUAUGAACUGGUGACCAACAACCAGACCCAGAGGCUCUUGCAGGAGGCCACCAUGAGCUCCCUGUGGUGCUCAGGGACUGGAGACGUCAUCGAGGACUGGUGUCGAUGUGACUCCACCGCUUUUGGAGCUGAUGGACUCCCUACCUGUGCGCCUCUCCCACAGCCUGUGCUGAGACUCUCCACGGUUCAUGAGCCCAGCAGCACCCUUGUGGUCCUAGAGUGGGAACAUUCAGAGCCUCCGAUCGGGGUGCAGAUUGUAGAUUACCUCAUCCGUCAAGAGAAGGUCACUGACAGGAUGGACCACUCCAAAGUGGAGACAGAAACGGUGCUGAGCUUUGUGGACGACAUCAUCUCUGGAGCCAAGUCUCCUUGUGCCAUGCCCUCUCAGGUGCCAGACAAGCAGCUUACCACCAUCUCUCUGAUCAUUCGGUGCCUGGAACCGGACACCAUCUACAUGUUCACCCUGUGGGGCGUGGACAACACCGGACGGCGUUCCAGACCCAGCGACGUGAUCGUAAAGACCCCUUGCCCCGUGGUGGAUGAUGUCAAAGCCCAAGAGAUAGCAGAUAAGAUCUACAAUCUCUUCAAUGGCUACACCAGUGGCAAGGAGCAACAGACGGCCUAUAACACCCUCCUGGAUCUGGGUUCUCCAACCCUACACCGAGUCCUCUACCACUACAACCAGCACUAUGAGAGUUUUGGAGAAUUCACCUGGCGGUGUGAGGAUGAACUGGGCCCCAGGAAAGCUGGCCUCAUCCUUUCCCAGCUAGGCGAUCUCAGCAGUUGGUGCAAUGGCCUCCUUCAGGAACCCAAGAUAAGCUUGCGACGUGGCUCCCUGAAGUACCUGGGCUGCCGCUACAGUGAGAUCAAGCCCUACGGACUUGACUGGUCAGAGCUCAGCCGGGACCUCAGGAAGACGUGCGAGGAGCAGACCCUGAGCGUCCCUUACAACGACUAUGGGGACAGCAAGGACAUCUAGCGCCAUGAAGCCAGAUGGUGUGGCUGCCGAAACGAAGCAGGAGAGAGGAGAGGAACAUCUGGGUUGGUUUGUGGAUUUUUAAUAUUUUUUAAUGGAACAUUAAAACCUCUAAACCAGGGAGAGGCAAUAGCUAAACCAGGGAGAAACUGAUCCUUGCUCCCAGUGGAACUUCUUUGGUAUGACAUUCUCCAUCUGCAUGGUCGGUACAGCUGCCAUCCGGCAGCUUCGUGCAGUAUUUCUCUGCAGGGGAUUACUUUGGGGCUUGUUUUACAGUUGAUUUGUUUCAUUUAAUUUUUUUUUUUCCCGUGAGGUUCAUCAAAAUGCUCAAGAGUUCUGCCAUGCUUCCCAUGAAAGGUCUAUCAGGUCGAGGCACCCUGUGCUCAUUGAGUCCCUGAGUCCAUUAGCUGGGGACAGAGAUGAGGUCAGAGAGUUGCUAGACUGGCCUCGGGCUCCGGCCUCAAGCGUUCCUCAGGAAGCAUCUCACUCUGGGAGCCUAAGCUCUGCUCACAAAGACCACAGGAAAUUGGGAGGGUGGCCUCUGUGCGGGUCUCAUGGUUUCCCCCAUGCCUUCCUAUUGCUUGUUUCACACCUCUCAGGUGAACUGAGCCUCCAACAUGGGUCCCAGCAGGCCUUCAGGAUUUUUUAGGUCCUCACCCAUUCUAAGACAGGAGUAGAAUGAAAUCUCCUUCUGGUGGAUCUCUGCCUCUCCUUCAGACAAUACGAUCUUUAAGAGGCGACAAAAUGCUACCUGUCAAAUGCACCUUCAAAACAGUCUGCCUGGGAGACUAGUUAGCAGUCAUAUUCUAGAAAAGAAGUAGAGUUGAUUAUUCUAAAAAACUCCUGUGUCCCAGGAUGAACUUCUCCAGACCACAUAUGUACAUCCCACGCCUGGAUUCUCUUUAGUGUCCGAGUCACUUAACCCUGGGCAGAGAAGGCCUGACCGACACCCACUCUGGUCCAGGAAGGGCUGAUACCUCUGUGUCAGUGUUUCGGUGAACUAAAGCUCUUACUGAUCACACACACACACACACACACACACACACGCAACCAAUGUCCAUUUCUCCCUUGCUAAAUUUGCCUAAUUAUGUCGCUAGUUUUGCAGAUCCUUUCUCUGGAUGGCCAUCCACAGGAGAAUACCACUGUUUUCACCUCCCAUCCAGCUGCCGGGAGUAGCCGAGGUUCUGUGUAGGCAAGUAGAGGCCGGGCUCUUGGCUCUGUCCCAUGACCCUAGUGUGAUAGCCACAGAUAUAAGUGGUGGCCCAGUUAAAAGGAAAGCCAGCCUUUCCGCAAGAGCUUUGAGGGCCAUGUGGCCCACACACCUCAGAGGCCUCGACACACACUUCCAGUCACCCUGCCUUUGACCGGGGCUCCUCAUUUGGAAACACAAGAGAAAGGUCAGGAAAGAGAUGCAGGGCGAUAUGGAACUCCCCUGGGUUUUUUCCAAAUAGUGAUGACAGAUCCCGUUCGUGCUUACCAUGUGUCAGAGCUGCUCUGAGCACUUCGUACAUCCCUGAAUCCUCAGGACAGCCUCCCGCCCCCACCACCAAGGAGGUGCUGUUCUCGCCUCCGUUUCAGUGAUGAGGAACCCCAGGCAAAGAGAGGAACCCCAUUAGGCUGUUUGCCCCGGAUGCCUCCUUUACCACUGCCUGGGCCCCGACAGGAACAGACCAGUUUGCCUGUGGCAUGCAGCUGUCCCUUCUCUAAGCUCCACAGGACCCGCCCAGAGAGCUUUCCCUUUGCCACACCUGCCUGGGACAGAUGUGCCCACGGUGCACCCUGAACUCAGCCACCGGAGCACCCCUGGGGACCAAGGGGUCUGCGGAGCGAGCUUCCCCCGGGGUCUGGUGGCGGGGCCUGGGGUGAGGCUGCAGGUUCGGGAGGCCUCACAGCCCGCCCUGCGUCUUCCCGUAAAAAGACUGAAAGAUUUGUCUCGAAUUCUGGAAGGUACCUGCCUCAGAAAUUCCUCCACUUCCGGAGCCAAGGCCAGCAGAAAAGUCGGCCCUCCCGCUCAUGGGCAGUGCAGGGCCGCAGGUGGGAUGCCUAAAGGGACAUCG